GAUCCGCCCUCAGCCGGCGAAGCCCUCCUGCUCGCUUGCUGACUCGCUCCCAGUCGAUCGCGCGGCGGGACAGGCAUGGGAGCCGCGCGCGCUCUCCCGGCGCCCACACCUGUUUGAGCGGCGCCGCGAGCCGCGGCCGGGGCGCGCUGCUCCGCGCGGAGCGGUGCUCAGCAUGGCGGGAAUUCCAGGGCUCCUCUUCCUUCUCCUCUUCCUCCUUCUCUGUGCUGUUGGGCAGGUGAGCCCCUAUGGUGUCCACUGGAAACCCACAUGGCCUGCUUACCGCCUCCCUAUUGUCUUGCCUGAGUCCACCCUCAACUUAUCCAAGCCAGACUUUGGGGCCAAAGCCAGAUUGGAAGUGACCUCCCCAUGUGGACCCCAGUGCCAUAAGGGAACUCCACUGCCCACCUAUGAAGAGGCCAAGCAAUACCUGUCUUAUGAAACACUCUAUGCCAAUGGCAGUCGCACAGAGACCCAGGUGGGCAUUUAUGUCCUCAGCAAUGGUGGACGAGGGACCCAACGUCGAGACUCAGGGUCUUCAGGAAAGUCUCGGAGGAAGCGGCAGAUUUAUGGCUACGACAGCAGGUUCAGCAUUUUUGGGAAGGACUUCUUGCUCAAUUACCCUUUCUCAACGUCAGUGAAGUUAUCGACAGGCUGCACUGGCACGCUAGUGGCGGAAAAACACGUCCUCACAGCUGCUCACUGCAUACAUGAUGGGAAAACCUAUGUGAAAGGAACCCAGAAGCUUAGAGUGGGCUUCCUGAAGCCGAAGUUUAAAGACGGUGGUCGAGGGGCCAACGACUCGAGCUCAGCCAUCCCCGAGAAGAUGAAAUUCCAGUGGAUCCGGGUGAAACGCACUCAUGUGCCCAAGGGUUGGAUCAAGGGCAAUGCCAAUGACAUUGGCAUGGAUUAUGACUAUGCCCUCUUGGAACUCAAAAAACCCCACAAGAGAAAGUUCAUGAAGAUUGGGGUGAGCCCUCCCGCUAAGCAGCUGCCAGGGGGCAGAAUCCACUUCUCUGGUUAUGACAAUGACCGCCCAGGCAAUUUGGUGUACCGCUUCUGUGACGUCAAAGACGAGACCUACGACCUGCUCUACCAGCAGUGUGACGCCCAGCCUGGGGCUAGCGGGUCGGGGGUCUACGUGAGGAUGUGGAAGAGACAGCAGCAGAAGUGGGAGCGAAAAAUUAUUGGCAUCUUUUCAGGGCACCAGUGGGUGGACAUGAAUGGGUCUCCGCAGGAUUUCAAUGUGGCCGUUAGAAUCACUCCUCUCAAAUAUGCCCAGAUUUGCUACUGGAUUAAAGGAAACUACCUGGAUUGUAGGGAGGGGUGACACAGUGUUACUUCUUGGCAGCACUUAAUGGUAUUCAUGUAGUUAUUUUAGGAGAGACCAAGUUUUGUCAUUGGCGUGUGUGUGUAUGUGUGCAUGCAUGUGUGAGCGUGUGUUUGUGUGUGACGUGUCAUAUCUUUUACCAGGUUUCUUAAAAUUGCAAGAUGACUGGCUUUAUUAUUCAAAAACCUGUCAUAGUAUAAUCAUUUAAGCAGUUUGAAGGCAUACUUUUGCGUAGAAAUAAAAACAUACGGAUGUAUGGGGCAAUGGGGAAUAUUUGGCAAUUAAGUUAAUCUUUCAUUUUUUUGAGAACUUUGAUUUUUAUUUCAUCUGAAUUUGUUUCAAAGGUUUAUAUUGAAUUUGUGGCAUAUAGGAGAUGUAAAUUCAUAUGUGUGUGUUCUUUCCGGAGAUUCAUCUUUCUUUCUUUGCUUGCAGAUGGUAAAGUUGCCCACAGCACACAACUCUUAGGAAACUUUCACGACAGUUCUUAGAGAGACAGACAAUUGUAAUAUUCUGGAUUUGAGGUCAUUUGCUCAGUAGUCCUUGAACAAUAAAUUGUUGGCUAUAUUUGUACACAUAUUAAACUAUAUCUUACAGUAAACCAGUAGCCAAAGCUGCUUUUAGUUUGGACAUAGUUUCUCUUCUGAAGAAUUUUGCUCUACUUUGGGGGAAGACUUUGCCAGCUCUGCCGUCACACCAGAGUAAGCAAGAUCGUUUAUCUUUAUCCUCUCAUUUUACAGGAUUUCACUCAUUUCUAGGACUAGCUGUUUCUCUGGAGACAAUAAUCAGGACCUAAUUAGAACCGACUCUAUUGCUUCCCAGCUGAGAGUUGUGGUCACACUAAAAACAAUCAUAGCUUUUUACCUCUAGAGUGUAGCACAUCUCAUGUUUUAUCAUUUGGAUGGAGUAAUUUAAAAUGAAUUAAAUUCCAGAGAACAAUGGAUGCAUUGCUUGGCAGAUGUCACAACAGAAUAACCCACUUGUUUGGAGCCUGGCACAGUCAUCAGCCUAAUCAAAAAUUAUUCUGCAUAGUUUUCUGUGUACUUUAGGGGAGCUGUGUACUUGUUCAAUUUGGAAACUUUUCCCUCUCACUUUACUUAUUUUAUAGUGAAAAUAAGUGAAGGGUGCUUUAAAAAAACCAGUAUGACUUUUUUUUCACUGUUUUAAAGGGGGCUAUUUUGGUGGAAUGCUCUAGGCUACAGGCACAUGUAACCAUGUACAAAUAGUAAAAAUGAAAAUGGGAAAAAUGCAGAAUGGGUGAGACUCAUGCACCCCAAUAAACACCUUACUAAUGUUUUAUCAAUAUGAUAAAAACAGCAUAUAAAGAAAAGACAAUUAUUUUAUGUUUUCAUUUCAGGGCUCUCAACCUAAGCAUUUCUUUCUAAAUGUUUUAAGUGGAGAGAAAAAGCACAUGGACUCCAAGGCAGAUGUUUGCUGUGCUUGCACCCUGUGUGAUUUCAACCUGAGUUAUGGCUGUUUGUUUGUGAGGACAUUCAAAUACAGCACUGGUGCAUAAAAAUUCUCUGGGUGGCUUUUUUUCUUGUGUUUCUUGAGCUUUUCUGAAAGAUAUUCCUGAUAAGGCACUCAAGAAAUGUACAGUCACAGUGCUUUCUUCAAAUCAUAUAAGAAAUAUUAUGCAUAGCAAAGAGCUGCAGGCCCUCCAGGAAUCUUCUGCGUUCUAGCUCAUUUUGCUUUGGAAUCUAGCAGGAAUCUAGCCUGAGGAAGAAGAGAGGUUUCCAUCUCUGUCUGGUAUUUGGUUUGGGUUUGGGUGGUUUUUUUUGUUGUUGGGUUUUUUUGUUUGUUUUUUGUUCUGUUUGGUUGGUUGGUUGUUUUUUUGUUUGUUUGUUUGUGUUUUUUUGCUUUUACUUUGUGCAAAAAGUUCACUGGGCCAGAACUGUUGUGUUGCUUUUUUAAAAAAAUAGAUGCUCCUCAUAUGAAGCACCUUGGUUUCUCGAUUUUGAUUUUUCCGCAAAGCUGAAACUUCCCUCAGCAAGGAUAGGUUACGGCACAAAUCAAAACAAUAUCUAUGUUUACUUCACAAGUGGAUGUAAUUUACUAAAGAAUAGUGCCCUCAAGCUAUGUAUAUAGCAUAGCUUAUAGAACUAUAAAAGAAAACUGUAAAAUAAUUGGACUUGUUUCCAAUAAAAGAAAACAGGUAUAAAACUAUCAUAUUAAUUGACAUUAAAAAAAGAACUCAAGAUAUUAUUAAUAUAAUUAGUACUUUACAUGUAUGAGUUAAAUGCCUUAUAAAGAUAGAUUGCUAGUAAAGCUAAUAGAACAUUUCCCAAAAUGUGCUCCUUAAACACUGGUCCCUCCAGAUUUUCUACCAAAAAAGGGGGGGUGGGGAGUACCAUUAUCAGGUAGGUGGGAGAUGCCUCUGCAGACUCCCUCUCUUCAUUAGGGAUUCAUAUGCUUGUUAGCACAUUAGAAGCUCUAAAUCCUAUGCUAAAGAAACAUUAGCAUUUUUAAUUCAGUAUUUCAAUAAACAUUUUGAUCACAGAGCCUUUUCUUUCUCAUAUCAUGCUUAUGAGCAAUCUCAUGUUCUAAUGAAUACAUUUUGGGAAUCACUGUAACAGCCUUUUGGUCGAGGUGAUGAUGCACAAAGUAUGAUGAGCCCCAAGUAGUGCAGGUGGAGGUGCCUUUGGUUUAACCAGAAUACUGUAACCAGGACUUGGAAAUGUUCACAGCAAAAAAUGGGAAAGGAAAAACUUAAAAAUUCUUUAUCACUGACAAUCAGAAGGCUGUGGCAGAAUGUGGGACACUCAUUUUAAAUAGACUUUAUUCAGAAUUUUGCAUUUCAGAAGGGAGUUAGUCCAAAACAGUGAAAAACAGGGCUAAAGAAGUAAAGAAAUCAGGGUCAUUAGUGACAGAGUUGCAUUCCUAUUCUUUCUUUACUUUUUUUGCACCAGAAAGGGAAUUCAAAAAAACAAAAAAAAGUGGAAAGCAAGUUGGAACACGAAGAUCAUUUCUCUUAAUUUCCCCGUCUUUUGUGUAGCUCAGUCUACCUGUCUCAGUGAGUGGGGAGAAUCCCAGUGACACCUGGGUCACUUAUUUAAGGUAGUAAUCCAUCUCUCUAACAACCCUUAGAAGAGGUCUUCAAUUUAGAACUUGGUGAGAACAAUUAAGCCCACACUGGAAUGACAACUCUUUAGUCUACUGUCUAGUCAAAAGUAUAAUAGUAAUGUCUGUCAAAAGUAUAAUAGUAAUGUCUAAUGCAGGGUGUCCAGAGGAAUUCUGGUGGCCCUCUGCUCUCUCUCACUGAGAGCAGUGGACAUUCCCGCAUGGGUCUGGAUUUCCUUCUUGCUUCAUCUGGGUUCUGCUGCUGUGUGUCUGCCCUCUCUGUCCUUGUCAUGAAUCAGCUCAAGGAUGCCUUGAAGUUGCCUCUGUUGAUUGAUUUCUAUGGAUGUUUGAUAGGGUGACCAUUUCAUUUUUCAUUCAGAAUGUAAUUCUUUUUGGACUGAAAGAGGAGACUAUUGAUAAUUAGGCUGGGACUGCAGGCAUAAACCAGGUAUGUCCCAGGCAAACCAGCACGUUUGUUCACCUUAUUGUCAAACCAUUCAAAGCACUGUAUGGAAUGCCAACCAACAGCUAUCCUGGUUAUCCUAGGAACAAGGGCGGGCUGCAGGUCCCUGUCUGUCUGUCUGUGGGUUUGCAUUGUUUGUGGUCCCUGCUGGAGGUAUCUGUUGCCUGGAUCAGCAUUCUGAGGGCCUCUGAAAGAGGAAACGCGUCUAAAUAUCCUUUUGAUGGGGGUGGGGCUGAGAGUCCCUAGGUAGUAAGCCAUUUCUAGCAGAUGAAUGACACAUCUGUUUUUAGUCUGCUAUUUCCCCAGAGGAGGAAAUAAACCAACUUCCAGGGCAAAAAUAAACAAGCCUGAGAGCUGUGGCAGCAGGCUGGAGUGGGAAAAUGAUGGCCUUGGAGUCAGGCAGACUGAUUCCAUAUUUGACUGUUUCCUUUGGGCAAUUAAAACUCAGUGCAGGUCAACUAUUCAACAUGGAGGUGGAGGUCGAUAAGCUGGAACUGAUGGCCGUGGAUCCUUAGAGGAGAUCCUUCUCAUCAGAAGGAUUCCCAGAAAGCUGACUCUGAUCUGGAUUACAUUCAGUACAGGCUGGACUAUGAAAUCAAGACAAAUCAUUCUGAUUCAAUAGGCGAGAAAAGUCCAAUUACUCUUUUAAAAGAAUUAUCAGCGAUAAAGUUUCAAUAGCAGACUUUGCAUGCACGCUUUAAACCAGUUGCUGUUGAGCAGAAAGAGACUAAGAGCCACAUUUGUGCUACUUUGAAUAAGACUAUGACCACGAUACAAGAACUACCGGAGCUGUCACCACUGACUGAAGAAGAGAAAAGUGCGGCAGAACGAUUAAAAUCUCAUAUACCAGACUUCUGAAGAAAUGGUCUUGGCAAAAGGGGAUUCUAAUGGAGAAGAGAUCAGGUCUAGAGAAAUUUAAGAAGGUAUCUUGUUAGUACUUUCUGACUAGAGGUCAGGGAAUGCUGGUAAGGGAGAAGAGGGUUUGUCUUGGGUGACUGGACAAUAAUGUCUUUCACAAAAGAGGGCAGACAUUGUAUAAAUAAGAUCCAGACAAAAGGAUGGAGCAGGAAUAAAGGGAUUUAAAAAAUAUUUUUCCACUUAGUUUUAUAAUAUCAGGCAAGGAAAUCCCUAAUACUGUUUUUGGUACCUAAUACAGUACCAUUCACUGUACUGCAACUACAAUUUAAUUCUUUUUCAUUUUAAACAUUUGUGUAUUUUUGUGUCACAACUCCAUUAUUCUUUUAGUUGGGGUAAAAGUCACAUUAUUUUAUAGUGAACAAUUCAGUGCUAUCAUUCUUAUCAACAGUUGCCUAGUAAGACAUUGUAUAGAUGUACCAUAAUUUUUACCAGUUUCUUAUCGAUAGCUAUUGAAGCAGUAUUAUAACAGAUAAGUUAGGACUUUGUUUUGGAGGGGGGAGGGUGUGAGGUCUGCCCAGCCUUCCUUCUUUAAGGGAUGCUGGUGGACUAAUUGAUCACAGGCUUUCCAACACCAGCUCUUGGCACAUAACCUCAGCUUGGUAUCUUGCCAACUAAAUUCUUUUUUGCUUAAGUUAGCCAGAAUCUGACUUUGUGCUUCCAACCAACAGCUCCUAAUUAAUGGCACAGAUUUUCUAAUUUUUAUGAACUAUUGCAAUGUCAUUAAACAUUUUUGGGUUCUUGGGCAGAUAAAUCUAUAUGACCUAUUUGUACAGGACUCCAUUUUAAUAUUUAUAAUUUAUUACACUUUGUCUUGUCUGUUACUAGAUAUUGGAUUCCUUGAGAGCAAAAAUCACUUCUCAUUACUCUUUUGAAUUCCAAACACAGAACUGUGUUCCAUAAGUAAUUUUUUGUGAAAUAAUUUUUCUGACCCAGAGUAAUAUUCCUAAAUUACGUCUUUGUUCAUGGCACUCACCUAGUUAAAUAAAAUUGUUGUUGCCCACUACUUAUAAGAAAGUCCAUAUGCCUGGACCUGAAAAUCCAAAUCCAGGUCUUCAUAGCAUGUACACUAUAGAUUGGGUUAAGCAUAAUAAAUGUAUGCCUGCAACAAACCAGACAGGAAACAUUAAAACAAAAACAAAAACAAGAAAAAGCAAACUUGGUGCAAUUUAGUUUAAAAUUUAACCCCUUCUGGGCUCCAGCUCCUCCAGUGGGUUAGGAUGGAGCAGAGGAAGAGCUGCUCUUGGGGUGCCCUUAUGGAGCAGACAGCCCUCUCAAGUGAGAACCAGCAAAACGCCUCAAGCCCAGCUCUCCUCUUCUGUGCCUGCAGGUCCUCUGGGAAACUCCUGACUGAGCCGCCCAUUGAAGAUCUAGGCCCCCCAGUAGGAUCAUAUUUGGUCUAUUCAAGAGACAGAGGCCUGUGUGGACAGAGCAUAGUGAACAAGACAGACAGGGACAGAAGAGGGAGUUGGAGAGGUAGGCUCUGGCUGGUUUAAACUGGGAUUCUGGAUUCCGGCAAGGGCUUUGGCAUUCAUUCUACUUGCCAUAGUUGAAGGAUUCAAAUUAGGGGAGUGAUGGGGUCUGAUCAGGGCCAACAUAUCCAUCAGGUACAGGAGGCACAGUGCCUAAGGCCCACACACCUUUAGGGGCCUGCAUUUGUUACCUAUGGCUGCUGUCACAAAUUACUAACGAACUUCAUGGUUUAAAACAACAUAAAUUUAUUCCCUUAAAAGUCUGGAGGACAGAAGGCUGAAAUGAGUCUUAUGGGGCUAAAAUCCAGGGGAUUUGCAGCACCAUGCUCCCUCCGGAGACUUCUGGGAGAGAAUCUGUUUCCUUGCCUUUUCCAGUGCCCAGAGCUGAAGUCCUUGACUCACGGCCCCCUCCUCCAUCUUCAGAGCCAGCAGUGCAGGAUCUCCUCUCUCUUACUCUGCUUCCAGCACAUUGGAUUCUUCUUGUCUGUCUAUAGUCUCCCUCUGUCCCACCAGGAUGAUCCAGUAUAAUCUCCCCAUCUCAAGAUCCUUAACAGAAUCACAUCUGCAAAGUCUUUUCUAUAUAAGGUAACUUUAACAGGUUGCAGGGAUUAGGACUUGAACAUCUUUUGAGGGGCUUGCCAUAGGACACAAAAAUUGUUUUAAUUUCUUUUAAAAUCAGACAAAACCCCCAAAAUCUUAGGUCUAAGAAAAUGUUUGAAUAUGUAAUGUCAAUAUAUUCAUCUUUAUACCAAUGCAGUCAUAAAACAAUUUUUUUUUUUUUUAUGGAAGAAGGGUCCACAAAAUAUAAUGUUGUCUUGAGGCUGAUGUAUAUGUUAAAACUUCUCCUUGGAUGCUAAAUGGAGAAUGGAUUUUAGAAGACGGAAGUAGCAAAACCAGUCAUCUAGGUGAGAAUGAUGGUGACUUCGACGAAGGAAAUAGAGGAAGCUGAAUUAGGCUUACUGGGAAGACAGUAUACAUUUGAAAGCCAAGCCAAGCUGAAUAGGUUAUGAUGAAAAAGAGGAAUCAAGAAUGACUCCAGCUAGAUUCCAGGUGCCAUUUGCUGAGAUGGGACAGACUGAGGAGGAGGGUUAGGUUUGGAUGGGGGAAAUGAAAAUCAAGACUUCUCAUGUUGGUCACGCUAGGUUUGCUAUGUCUAACAGACACUCAAGUAGAGAUGUCAAGUAAGCAGCAGGAUCUCUGAUUGUGAAGCUCUGUGUAGAACGAUCUGGAAUCACCAGGAAGAUGUUAUUUAAGGCCACAGAUUAAGAUAAUAUCACCUAGAGAGAGAAUGAGGUGCGAGAAGAGAAGAGGGCUGAGGACAGAGUUCUGGCCCACUGUCACUUGGAGGAUUGGUUUGGUGGAGGAAGAGAAGGAGGCAGAAGCAGCAGCCAGUGAUGUCAGAGGGAAAUCAGGAAAAUGUGGCCUCCCAGAAAAGAGGCUUGAAUGGGGCGAGGGUGGGGGUGUGGGAGUGGGGUGUUUGAAACAAGAUCAGGUUGGGUUAGGUUGUAUUUAGAAAUGUCCCUCUGGCUACUGUGGGCAGGGUGGGGUGAAGGCAGGAGACUUGGGAGGAGUCCUCCAAAGCCCCAGCUUUAUCCAGGACAUGCAGAUCACCUUUUGCCUCUCUGUGCUGCCUUCCACCACAGCACGGGGCCUUUUCACCGGGUAUGUUCAAUCAAUGCCUGUGCCUAACAAUCAGCUACGUGAAACCUCCAUGUGGAGCCUUGGUGGGCUGCACCACAGGAAGUACCAGGCCCCUCCCUGGAGAAGCAGAAGCUUCAACAGGCUGUGAAAAUGUGGGGUCAGGGAGGCUCACUGCGGUCCCCUUCUGUCUCUCCUGAUGCUUUCUGAGGGGCAUGAAGUGCAGGAUGACUCUUGAGUGUGGUAUUUCUAUGUGUGUAUCUCAAGUGUGUAAAAAUACCGAGCACUCUCUUAGUCUUGAUUUAUCACUGCCCCUUGUCUCCAGACUAUUAAAAGGACUAAGGCUCUCUCUUCCAUAAAGAGCAAGGACAGCUUUGAGAAGCAUCGAGUUCCAAUCCUAUGAAGCAAGACUGAAGCGUUUGCAUGGGAGAGAAAGAAGAGUGUCAGGAAAUCAAAUAAAAAGAGCAAGUGGCUGGAAACGGAGCAGCAGCCGUGGGAACAGAGGCCAGCCUUGCCAUCAAAUUAGCUGUCCCAGGAAGGCCUCCCCUGGCCAUCUUCUCUAAAAGUUCAACUCUCCCCAGUCCCUGCUGCAGACGGUUCUAAUUCCGUUCCCUCCUUUGUUUUUUUCUGCUUGGCAGUUAGCACUAUCUCACAUACUCUAUAUUGUUUUUAUCUUAUUGUUUUUUGUCCUUCUCCACCACUAGAAGGUAACUUCGUGAGGGCAAGGAGGUUUGUCUGUUAUGUUCACUGUUCUACACCCCAGCACCUAGAACACUGACUGGCAUACAGGUUCCCAAUAAAUACUUUUCAAAUGAAUGAUCCCAGUAGGUGUAUAUAACCUGUAACACCAUGACUUGAGAUACUUGGGCUUGGGUAUUUCUUGAGUCCAAACAUUUUCCUAAAUAAAAUUUUUGUAAUGUCUUAUAUA